CUCCCCUCGCCUUUUUUCCCCUCCCCUUCCCCCGGCGGCGCCAUGGCGGGGCCGGUUUGGGGCCGCGUCCCCCCGCGCCGGGGGUACCUGAGCGGUGGCACCGAGCGGCGCUGCCGGGAGCUGCUGGCGGCGGCGGCGGCGGGGGGCGGCGGAGCGGGGGCGGCGGCGGCGGUGCUGGUGCCGCUGUGCUCGGUGCGCGGCCGCCCCUCGCUGCUCUACACCCUGCGCUGCCGCAGCCUGUCCGGGCCACACAGCGGCGACGUGAGCUUCCCCGGGGGGAAACGGGAGGCGUCGGACAGCGACGCGGUGGCCACGGCGCUGCGGGAGACGCGGGAGGAGCUGGGGCUGGAGCUGGGCGAGGGCAGCGUCUGGGGCAUGCUGAGAAGUCUGCCCGACCGGCAAGGGAUGCUGGUGGUCCCCGUCGUGGCCAACCUGGGCCCCCUGGAGAACCUGAAGCUGUCCCCAAACCCCGAGGAGGUGGCGGAGACCUUCACGCUGCCGCUGGCCCACCUGCUGCAGGAGGAGAACCAGGGCUACACGCAUUUCCGCACGCGGGGCCGCUACGGCUACACCCUGCCUGUUUUCCUCCACGGCCCCCACCGCGUCUGGGGGCUCACGGCCAUCAUCACCGAGCUCACCCUGGAGCUGCUGGCGCCCGAGCGCUACCGCAGGAAGACCCACGUGCCCGGCCGCCACCUCGCCGCCCCUCCGCGCAGGGCCUGACCCCAACCUUUUCCCAAUUUUUGGGGUGCCGCCUGCCCUUCGCAGCACGCCGGGGGUGCUGCCCGUUGGUUUGGUUUGUUGUUUUUUGGGGUGCGUGGGGCUCAGCCCCGCCGUGUGCUUGCGGAGAGGGGGCAGCCCCGGGGCU